AUUGGAGUAGCAGGCCCUGUAGUUAACUAAAUGAACUGUUAUAUCACGCUUGGGUGGUUAUAAUCGGCACCUCAACUUGCCAUCGAAUACAUGCAAAUAUAUAACUAUAGUACCAACGCUGUAGAAUUGAGAUUUCAAAAUCAGCAGUUUUUUCUCUUUCAAUUUGCCAGUGAAACAUAUCAAGCCCCUCAGAGAAUGCAUCUCACCCCCAUAGUUGCGUUGGCAAUGCUCCCGGAGCUGUUGCUCGCUCGAGUGCUCCAUCCCCGUGCUGUGAUAUGUAGCUUUGCUAUUCCUGGUGACCCUGGGGAUACAUGCGAUACAUUAUCUGAUCGUUGGGGCAUCACCAUUGAUAUCUUUAAGUCGCUGAAUCCUGGCGUCAACUGUCCCAAUUUGGUGGCUAAUAUGGAGUAUUGCGUCGCUGGCACCGUCUCCCCAGAUACCCCUAGUACUACGACUACUGCAAAGCCAACUAUGACGCCCACAUCGACACCGACAAAAACUACCACCACCAGUACUGCUACUACUACGCGGGCAAUGACCACCACAAUAUCAUCUGAUGCUCCCUCUCCUACCCAGCCAGGCCUUGCGAAGGAUUGUGAUAAAUUCCAUCUAGUCGUAUCUGGGGAUAAUUGUUACUCCAUCCAGACGAAGUAUGGCAUUAGCACGGAUCAGUUCAAGGCGUGGAAUCCGUACAUUAAUGCCGAGUGCAGUAACCUAUGGGCAGACUACUACGUCUGUGUUCAUGUUCCUGGCGCCACUAUAUCUACGUCUAUGCCCAUGCCUACCCCCAGUGGUCCGCAGCCACAGAUGCCUGGAAUCGUGAGCAACUGCAGAAAGUUCCAUCUAAUCCAGGCCGGCGAUAACUGCUAUACUAUCAAUCAAGCUGUGGGUAUUACACUAGCCCAGUUCCGCUCUUGGAAUAAAAAUGUUAACGCGGACUGCAGCAACAUAUGGCUAGGUUACUAUGUUUGUAUUGGCGUUUAACCAAUUUAGUUAACUAGUUAGUUAACGAUAACCAUAAAAUAUAACUACCGAGUUGCUUAGUUGCCAUACCAAAUGACUAAAUUCAUCAAUAGGU